AUGUCGCCUCAUGAGCACCUCUUUGUUGGACAGGCUGCGUCACCAAUCGAGUUUGAACGAUUUGCCUCCGAAAGCACAUGCCGGUGGCAUGGUGCCCGCCAAAUUUCAGAUUCCUUCAGCGAAUACUCCGAAACCGCUGAUCAUCCCAAAGCCGCUCCUGACCCCGAAACCGGAGCUAGUGGUUACACCAGCACCGGGUGGCGUGGUGGCCCGAAGCUUCCGGAUCCGUCGCACAUCCACAGGACGCAGAGCAUGCCGAAGCAAUCGGGCGACUGGAACACAGGUCAAAGCAGGGGAGGCAAGGGGAAGGAUGGCAAAGGCAGGCGAGGGAACGGCAAGGGAAAAGGCGACGACUUGGAAGUCGUUGUCAAGGGAUUCCCUUCGACGAAGCCAGCCUAA